AAUGACUGCGUGCAAAUGGCUUUCAGAAACUAGUUCAUCUUCCUUUUAUCGAUGAUUUCUGCGUUCCCGUGAUCCAAUCAGCCAAUGAGCAGCUCGCACCUGCAGCCGUUCACAGCUUGGUAGCUUCAAGAGGUCACAACACUUUGAAACGUGCAAGGGAGAGUGUGGUUGUAAUGCCGUCAAAAAAUAGCAACUCGGUGGCUCUGGAGAGACGCGUGGAUCUGGCCUCGCUCUUCUGUAUGAUCGGGCGGCACGGGCCCGCCGUGGCUCUGGCCGUGAUAGCGAUGGUGUCAGUGGUCGCGGGUUUCAUCAUCUACCGAACCGUGAGGGGGAAGCGGAGGAAGGCCACAGCCGGAGCCGCCGACACCGACGGCAACGACGCCGGAGCAGAGACGCUGAUACCGCCGGAUGAGGAGCCGGAGCUGAGCCUGGAGGAAUUACGCAGCUCGGCGGAGUCAACAGGUGUGAGUGAUGGAGGCUCGUUGGAGGAUACGACUCUCAAAAUCAGGCAUCGCCGUGCUGCUGCUGAGAGACAACCUCCACCUUGCCGUCACUCCAACAGUGACUCGUUACAAGAGAAUGAGCACAAGACUUCAGUGGAGCAGGUAGCAGAGGCGCAUGCAGAAGAGGAAGAAGACACAGGUGCUGAAAUCGAUGUGGAAACUAAUUUGACAAAUGGCACUAUAAAGGAUGCUGAAGAUGAAAGUGAAAACGAGGUGAUACAGAGCCAUAAAGGGGAACUCAAGGUGUUAGAGGAAAAAUUCCAGCAAGAUGAUCCUGUGCCUACUGAAACAAAUGUGUCAAAUGAGGAAAUCAGCCAAGAGGAGGAAAACCUUGUUUCAAAGAGCACAGAGUUCAGUUUGGAAGAGCCUAUCAUUCAUAUCGAAGGCAUCUGCUAUGCCAAAGAUGUGAAAUGUGAGGAAAAGGAUCUCCAUGCAGAUGGCACUGAUUUCUCUGAUUACAGCAACAAUCAUCCCUUUCCAGAGGAAGGGAAGAAAAGUGGUGGUGAGGAGUCACUAGAUGACCAACUGACUUCUCAACAGGCUGAGAUCAGUUCCACAGGGUUUGAUCAAGUAACAGAUCUGCAGGGUCAGUGUCAUGCUUUUGAUGAAGUGAUGCUGUCCUUUCAGCAAGAUGCAGAUGAAGGCCAUUUGAGUGACUCUACAGACAUCAAAUUCAAAGGCCACCUGCUGCAGUUGGCUGAACAAAAAAAUAAUGGUCUUGCCUGCAAUCAAGACAAUGUUGUAAAAAGGGAAAUGCCCACUGGUGAGGACAUUGCUUCCUGUGGUGAAGAAAAUAAUGGUUCAGCUGUGGUCCUGGACUCCACCCUGCCCUGUUUGAACCAGAUUGUUGAGCCAGAAAAGCUUGAUGAUGGUGAUGCUAGCCUGAGCAGUAUAACAAAUAAUGCAACAGCUCAAAGCUCAGAUAUUGUGCAAAUUCCUGUCUUGUCAUCGGGUCAUCUGCAACCACAAAGCAACGUGGAUGAAGAUGACAUUGCCCAAUCUGUGGGAGUCAUCAGUGGGGCUGCUCCUGUCACCUCUGAGGACAGUAAACCCCCCAUGCUUCAGAUUCACCUGCCAUCCUUUGAGCAAGUUGAGCUGACUUGGUCAUCCUGCGGUCUCGGUGGUGAGAGUGGAAUUUCAAGCAUGACUGUCAGCCCUGAUUUGCCAGAUGUUAUUAAUGAGUGUGACCAGCCAAGUGAAAAUGUGGCACUCCCAGGAAAAGAUAAUGAUGCACAGUUUGAAGAGCAGAUUGAGGUUCAGAACAUCCUCCUUGCUGGUGAUGUGGCUCUAUCUGCUAUUAAUGAAGAUCUAGAAAAGGUGGUGUCCAGGUCUUGCCUUUUGCAUCUUUCCCAGCAGUCCCUCGGUGAGCAAAUGGACUGGGCUAUUGACAGAUCUUUUGCAGCUAAUGAGGACGUAUUAGGACAUGAAAUUGAGGAUAGUUACUAUAGAGAGUUGGACCAGAUUAUGGCACAGAUGGCAGCUAAUGUUACCAGCGUAACCGAUGAGCUCACAGUGAAGGCUGACGUCAAGGCUGUUAAAAUCAAGCAGAAGAUGGAAGGAGCAGAGAAGGAGGAAGAGGACUAUGAAAAGACUGAAAUCAGUAUAAUGGAGGCAACCAUGGACAAUAAUGAAUGGAUCACAGAUGGAAACUACCAAGUUCUUCCCUGGAUGAACCAGCCUGUCUCUUUAUUUGCCCCAAACCACACACAGCCUGACUCAGUUUCCCCUGAAGACCAUCAAAGUGCUUCUUUUGCAGAUGCUACUUGUAUAGAUGCAGAUGUAUCUCCUUCCAGUGAAGUCAGACAGACUAGAUCGCUUUCCCCAGUUAAUGAAAAUGUGGAAAAUGGCAAAAAGGUUGUGGCAGUCCAGCCCAUGCCUCAGAGUGUCAAUGUGACUUUCCGCAUCCAUUAUCUCACCCACUCACCAUACCAGAAGGUGGCCAUCACAGGGAACCAGCAGGAGCUGGGGAACUGGAAGGAAUUCAUCCCGCUCGAGAGAGCCAAGGAUGGGCAUUGGGCCGCUGUGGUCAGCCUGCCUGCGGAGAGCCUUGUGGAGUGGAAGUUUGUGGUGCUCGACAAGGGUGAGGUGUGUCGUUGGGAAGAAUGUGGCAACCGCCUCCUGGAUACUGGCUUUGGAGCCGACCUCCUUGUGCACAAAUGGUGGGGAUUCUUGUAAGAAUAUUUAAUGAAAAUGCUGAAGAUUGUGAGCAGCAGGUGCACCAGGCUUUCAGACUGUGUACUCAACCAGGUAAAGCUGCGUUUAUUGUUUCGUCAGUAAAUCCUGUUAAACAGUGAUUAAAUUUGGGGCACUAAAAUAUUGGUUUAAACUGGGCAGAAACAAUAAAUAAUAAAGAACUUUUAGUACUAAAUUAAUUUAGUCUGUUAAAAAAAAAAAAAAAAAAAAAAG